CUUCAGGCUUCACUGCCCCGAUCUUGGCACAUACAUGCUCCUGUGGCUUUUCUACUGAACCCGCAUAUAUCCUCCCCAGACAUCAUCUCCCUCAGGGUUGUCAUUCUAUCACCCACCACCUAUGUUUUCAUCUCCUCCCAAGAUUGCCCACAACACUUACCCCAGAGGGCCUUGAUGUCACCUUUGCCACCGACUACACUGGACCCUUUCUGCUCACAAAUCUGCUCCAAGGGGCCCUACAACGGGCGGGGGCAGCCCGAGUGGUCAACGUGUCUUCCUUCCGGCAAGAGAAAGGGUACAUUGACGAGAAACAUCUGACAGGGGCUGGUAGACCUUUGACCUUCAACCAGAACUAUGACUGCAGCAAACUGCUUUUGGCCUCAUUCACUGGGAAGCUUGCCCAGAGACUUCAAGGGACAGGUGUGACUGUGAACUCCGUGGACCCUGGCAUUGUGUACACGGAGAUCAUGAAGAAUUUCUCUUGGUUAUAUCGUUUCAUCUUCUGGCUCCUUAGCUUCUUCUUUAAGAACAGCAAACAGGGUGCAGUCCCAGUGCUCUACCUGAGCUUGGCAAAGGAGCUAGAUGGCAUCUCUGGAAAACAUUUUAGCAGUUCCUGUGUGAUAACUCUUGCCCCUAAAGCUGCCCAAGAUCCUCACGUUGCCCAAAGCCUCUGGGAUACUUCAGCCCAACUAACAGAUCUAGACAAGAUGGACUGACCUCUGUGACCCCUGCCCCGACUCGCCGCCUUCCCCCUGACUCCCAGCCCUCACUCGGAUUAUGUCUUCUGCCUGUCAGUUCCAAGGAACCAUCAGGCACCUUGUUCGGUGUAAUCGCCACUUCCUCUUCCUGUUGGCUCCACGCAUGAGAGCUCAGCUUAGCCUGGGGACAGCUCCAGCUUCUACUUCAUAGUCAGUUCUCAGAUGGAAGUGUUCAUCUCUUGGACACUAGGAUCUCCAAACCUACCGAGCCCCGUGUUGUGGUGACGGGGGAGUAAAGGUCCUUCCGGUGGUCUAUGAGGGUUCCUGGCUUUGGGGGAGGCAGCACCACAUAGUGUCCUCUGGAUGAAGGCAUAUACCACACGGCUGCAGGACAGCACCCAGCUGCACAGGGUGUUGUCUCCCAGCUGGUAUGGUAACUGCCCGGGUAAUGGUUCCAUCUUUCUGUGAAACCAGCUGCUGCUGGAUGCUGAGUCAUGUGAUAAGGCAGGUGAAUUCUCAGAGUGAGAGCCCACUGCUUCUUUUCUGGGGUCUUUGUUCAUCAGUAGAAGUUUGUUUUUUUUUUAAUGGUGGUGCUGGGGAUUGAACCUAGGACCCUGUGCAUGCUGAGCAUGCUCUCUGCCACUGAGCUGUACCCUCCCCCUCAUCAACAUAAAUUUUGGAAUCAGUUUUUCAAAUUUCACAGAAACAAAUCCUUUAGGGAUUUUGCUACAUCUACUUGGCAGGAUUGACGUUUUUAUGAUAAUGUGUUGUCCUAAAAAUGAACAAGGUGUACUUAUAUCUAUUUAAAUCUUAUUAAUACCUUCAUAAAAUUUUGAAUAAUUUUAUCAAUAAAGAUCGUGCAUAAGUCUUAAUAUAGUUCCUUGCUUUUUAUGCUAUUGCACAUGGUAUUUUAAAAUUCAUAUAUUAAUCAUAUAUCAAACAAGUUUAUUAAGGUUUCUAAUUCUAGUAAGUUAUCUGUAGAUUCUUUUGGUUUUUCCAUAUAGAACAUCACACCAUCUAGGGAUAAUAACAGAUUUCUUUCUUCCCUUUCAACUAUUAUAAAUCUUGUUUCUUUUCCCAGACCUUAAUUGAUUUUCUAGUAUUAAACCAAACUUGCUUUUAAA